AUUGCCGCUCCUACAAUAAUUCCUGUAACCAAGUUAUUUCCUUCUUCCCCCCCCCCUCCCUUUCAUUCCAUCUUACGUUUUCCCCUUUCUCAAGUCAAAAUCGACUCCUUUACAACAACCUAUUCUCCUAUCAAGUUCGCCAAUUACCAAUUACCAAUUACCAAUUCGUUUCCUAUAAGCAUAUAUGCGCCCUUCCGGCGAUGGCAGUUCGGCACAGCCAGCAGGGGUAACUUAAACAUGUAUACCGCUGUGCGUGGGAGGAAGGGAUUUACUUCCCGCCCAUUCUAUACCACUCUGUUUAUCAUCACUCUCAUCGCCACAUAUAGCCUGUUUGUCCGGGGACCAGCAGUGUCGUCAGACCAGCAACCAACUUUGUCCCCGCGAUCUAGCGAAGAUUGUCGUCUAGUCCACUACGCCGAAGAUAAGUGUGCCUUUGUAAGGCGCAAUUGUCACGGUGACGAAGCAGGUCUCAUAGAGUAUUUAACCUUCUAUUAUUGCGACCUUGAACGUGCACAGCCUCUUGCCUUUAUCGUAUUGGCCCUCUGGCUAGGUCUGUUAUUCACCACCAUCGGGAUAGCUGCGAGUGACUUUUUCAGCGUCAAUCUCAGCACCAUUGCCACCAUCCUUGGCCUAAGUGAAAGUCUUGCGGGUGUCACUUUCUUGGCCUUUGGAAAUGGCUCUCCAGAUGUGUUUAGCACCUUCGCCGCCAUGAGCUCCAACAGUGGUAGCAUGGCCGUCGGAGAGCUGAUCGGUGCCGCAGGCUUUAUUACAUCCGUCGUGGCCGGUUCUAUGGCCUUAGUGCGCGAGUUCAAAGUCAGCAGAAAAACAUUUGUGCGAGAUAUAUGUUUUUUUAUAGCAGCUGUCGGUUUUGCCAUGGGAUUCCUAGCCGAUGGAAACCUCCAUCUAUGGGAAUGCAGUACCAUGAUUGCUUUCUACAUUUUCUACGUCAUCGUCGUUGUUGGCUGGCACGCGGUUUCUAAAAGGAGACGAGCACGACGACUUAAGGAGGCUCUAGCUCGCAGUCACUAUUACGCACCGGCAAGCGAACGUAGCAAUGAUGAGUUGGAACCUUAUAGGGACGAUCCGGACGAUGAAGACGCACGGCCCAUAGAACGUCGUUCCUCGGAGAGGAGCGGGUCCAGCAUUACCGACGUUGAUAUGCUGGAACGAGGGCCCAGGAUCGAGGUUGGUGCACCUGACGACGAUGACGAUACUGAUCGCAGCCAUGUCGCUGCGGAGAUGGCAAGCAGCAUGCGUGUGAAUCGCCCGCGCGGAAGGAGAAGCAAUACCACGACCAUAACUCCAAUUCGGCCUAGUUUGGUUGGUGUGCUUGAGUUCAGGUCAGUAUUAUCAUCGCUACAGGAGGAAGGAAACGUUCGGAUGCGGCCAUUAUACCACACCCGAAGUUCUUCUGCCGAUCUUCUAGGGACAGGACAUGCGGUCGUUCAAGGAGCCAAGAGCACACAAACUAUCCAAAACAUAGAUGAUGCUUUUGUUGCGGCCAGGAACCGAGCGCAUUCGUCCGGCGCCCUACCAAUUGCUCUUGAUGCUGACCUUGCACCUCGAAAAUCGUUUGAGGAUAGAGGUAGAACUCCCAGCCCACGUACCAUAGGGGGGAAGUUGGCCCCCCCACCCAAUGAUCAAUUCGGUGGCCUCCACACAGAUAAUUCUGGCCCGGAGGAUAUGUCACCGAAUCUCCCCCCACAGUUGCAUCACCUUCGCAUCCCAAGCCCGCAUGGCAGCGAAAGGUCCUCACCAUCAUUAUCUCCGUUUCCGGUAUUUGCGGAAUCACCACUCGUUUUUUCAGAGCCUUCUCAACAGCCUCCGCAUCUCAUACUUCCACCUGCUGCCCAAGAACGAAGCCCUUCUUUUCUUAACUUUGUUGAACACGCAAAUUUGAAGCCUAUUAGGUGGUGGCCUUACCGGAUAUUACCCUCUCCACACGUCAUAGUCGGUACUCUCUUCCCAACUCUUCAAGAUUGGAGGGGUAAAAAUAUUUGGGAUAAAUUUGUCAGUAUCAUAUCUGUACCGAGCAUAUUCCUGCUGGUCAUCACGUUGCCUGUAGUAGAGACUGAGGCAACAGACGAUGACUCAGAAGAAAACAUUGUAGAACAACCAGCGUCAGGUUAUCUGGAAAGUACAGCAAUAUCAGUAUCCACAGAGCCAGGCGGCUCUAUUGAGCCCGAAACGGAAUGGCAACGAUAUAGACGACGCGCGAGGUCCAGAGCUUCUAGUCGCAGCCACUCACCUAGUCUCAUCUCCGUGACUGCUCCGGAUAAUACUCAGGGGCCAGACCAAAUCCAGGUGGCACCAUCCCCCCCUCCGCCAAAUGUGCAAAUCACAAAGCCUGCCCCUGAACUCUUACAAGAUAGCUCAACACUAGGGGAUGAUGAACAAGGAUGGAAUCGUUGGCUAUUAAUUCUCCAAGUUUUUACCGGUCCAUUAUUCGGCGUGUUCGUCGUAUGGGCGAAUAUGAUCGAGGAUCUUGACCAACCCGUCGCAACUCUCGUAAAAGCCCUGUUGGUUUCACUUGCUUGUUCCCUAGUUCUGCUUGGGAUUAUACUUAUGACUACGUCGCCUGAUCGCCGGCCUAAAUACCACUUUUUAUUCUGUUUCUUAGGUUUCUGUAUAUCAAUCGCCUGGAUAUCCACAAUAGCUGGAGAGGUGGUCGGCGUAAUGAAAGCAUUCGGUGUCAUCUUGGAUAUAUCAGAAGCAAUAUUAGGUCUUACUAUCUUCGCGGUUGGUAACUCAGUGGGGGAUCUUGUGGCAGACGUGACUGUCGCACGGCUUGGAUACCCAGUCAUGGCCUUAUCGGCCUGUUUUGGCGGUCCGUUGUUGAACAUCCUACUCGGCAUUGGACUCGGAGGCGCGUACCAAACAAUACAUGCGGCAAAUAAGAAGAAAGCAAAGCACCCCGAUAGGCCGAUACAUUAUAAACCGUACCAUAUCCAGGUCAACGGGACGCUGAUGAUCUCUGCCAUAACGUUACUUAUCACCCUGUUCGCGUUGCUAAUUAUCGUACCGAUUAACAGAUGGAUUAUGAGUAGAAAGAUUGGCUGGGGUCUAAUCGGACUUUGGUCGAUUAGCACAGUGGUAAACUUGGUCAUCGAAGUGACAGGAGUCUGGCAGGACAUAGCGUAAGGGGUUUGAGGUUCGGACAUAGAGGUUUCGGUUUGACUUUAUUAUUAUGGCGGGACGGGAUUGUUACGUUUUUACGUUAUAGUAUAUCCAAUUGGCGGGACUGUUGAUUUUAUUUGAAAGCAAUGCUAAGUCGCUCAUAUUUUACUUAACAGGUAGACUAUGAUUUUAUCUAAUACUUGUUGGUUCACCAUCUCUGUUCAACGGAGGUAAAUGUUACCAAAGAAUCCUACUAAAUGCCUCGCUGUAACGCUACUCGAUAAACGCUGGAUUCUUUCUAUUAGGGCUCUAACAAUGUGUAAGGUGUGAAACCUAGAAGCCGCGUGGUGUGUGUUCGUGGGAUAGCUAGAAUGUUCUACUACAAGGGGCAAAUACAAUAGUC